AUGCGCCCCGCUGUCCCGGACGCUUUCCUCCCUCGACCCCGCAAGUCCCCCUCCCCAGGCGCAGCGGAGGACCAUCCCCGCCACUCUCCACCGGAAACGUUCUUCCUAGCUCGAGACAGCGAUAUACAAGAUUCCCAGACUGCCCCAACAUCCGGAGCUGAAACUGAAGACGGUACAUAUGACGUACGGAGCCUCGAGGAAUUUCUACUCGAAGAACCACACGUUGAUUCUCCUCCUGCCAGGGCCGGCGGCGGCCCUAUCAAAUGGCCGGAUUCCCAACUUGAAAAGGAAACAGACGGCGGACCAACUCUGCACAUUCCAAGGAAAAUGCCAGCAACGAAACCCAUCGAGUCCAGUGAUGGAGAUCAUGAAGGGCUGAAUCCGUCAGUACCCAGUUCUCUUCCACUAACACCUUAUUCACCCAAUUCCCCGAUCGAAUCCUUUUCCCUCCAAAGCAGCCCCAAGUCAAUGUCGAUGCGAUCCUUUCGUCAAGCUGAUGGAAUAAGCACACAUGAUGGCGGGAACAGGCGUUCAACUGGUGCGGCGGAAACUGAAAGUGGCAGCUGUCUCCUCGAGUCGUCGGAGGUACAGGAUAGUACUCCGCAGCUGAUAAUGCCAAGUAUCAAAAUGCCCAGCCGGCGGCCAUUCACGGAAAAGGGAAAGUCUAUUGGCAAGUUCAAGAUACUCAUUGCGGGUGCCGCUGGUUCCGGGAAAACGUCUCUCAUAAAAUCCAUCGUCCAGAUCUUUGAAGAUAUAGUGCAUGUCGACCCGCUACCUCGCCGUCCGUCGCGGCUAGAUGCUGGGCGAGCAAGCAGUAAGCCGGGCUCCAAACGAUUGUCCCGAACCCACCACCAUAACCGAGAGUCCACGUCGCUUGUGGAGAUAUAUGCCAGCACCAAGCCAUACCCGUCGUGGUGGUCAGAUCUUGAAGAUUCAAGGGUUCUCCGGAGGAGGAAAAGCAUGGGGGAUUUCGUAUUGGAGAGGAACCUGUGUUUUGUUGAUACCACCAGUGGAACAUUGGGUCUGCUGGAUCAGGCUGAGUGUAUCGUGCAGUAUCUCGGCCAGCAGUUUCAAAGGGCUGUGACGGCUUUGGAUUCAAUGAACUCGGAUUUCCUGGGCCUGCUGAGUGGAAAUGGCGGUUCCCAGGUGGAUGCCAUAUUGUAUCUUGUUUCAGAAGAUUCCUUUGCGGCCGACAUAGCAUGCAUACGGAAGCUAUCAACAUACGCCAACGUGAUCCCCUUAAUUGCCAAGGCAGAUCUCCUCUCCGAAACUGAGAUCCAGCAACUAAAACGCUCAUUCCUCUCUCAGGCCCAGGAAGCCGACGUUCGCCCCUUUCUGUUCGGAGAUUCUACAGCUGCACAUGAAGGCGAUGAAGCUGCUACCACGACCACAACCACCCCGUCCUUACCAUUUGCAGUCUCAUCCGCAAAUUCCCACGACGAUGAUAACAUGGAUGCAAGCCUUCUGAUGAGCCCCGAAUACGUCCAGCCACUAUUCCCCUCCGAGCUAAACCUCCUCAUAGAAAACCUAUUCGACAGAGACAACUUAUCCUGGCUCCGCCACCUCGCCACGAAAAAGCUCAUCCAAUCCUUCCCCCACCCCCACCGACCCCUCAACAGCCCGCAAACCACACCUCCCCGCCCCUCCCAAAUCCAAACCCAAUCCCUAACCUCCCCAUCAACAAUCCCCUCCCAGUCCUCCCCCUUCACCUCCCCGCUCUCCUCCAUCUCCCCCUCCCAAGUCCUCAUCCCUUACCCGUCCCUCUGCCCCUGCCCCUACCCCUCAACCUCCACUCCCUCCGCCGCCGGGGCCCCCUCCUACACCCUCUCCCGCCUCUCCGACCACACCCAGCGCGAAGAACACCUUGCCCAGCUCCGCCUAGCAAAAUGGGCCGCGGACCUGCAACAGAGCCUCCAAAACGAACGAGAGCGCUACGAGACACUCGCGCGUAGCGAAGCGGGCCGUGUGGCAUUCGUAUGCGGCUGGUGA